CACAUUUUUGAAACCAAACUCAAAAUCUAACCAAUAAAAAACACUCACACAAAAGCAAAGAGAGGAAGAAGAAGAAAAAACUGAGAGAAGAAGGGAAGAGAGAACCCUAAUGGCAACAGGCAAGAGUUACUAUCCCCGACGACCCAGCUAUCGAUUCCUCCCCAGUGACUCACCUCAUUUAGGGACGGCAAACGAGUCGUCGUCAUUCGAACUCGACGAGUCUGACUUCUACAACAAUUCGGACCCCUCAACCGAGUUCCCCUGCAAACCCACCGUUUCUAGUUCCCGGAUGAGCAAAAAAGCAACCAAGCGUUCCGAUUCUACGGGUGGGACCCCCUCUUCGCUGCCGGUUAACAUACCUGACUGGUCCAAGAUAUUGAAGGAUGAGUACAGGGACAACCGGCGGGCGGAUAGCGACGACGAUGACUUGAACGGCGAGGGAAGCGUGAGGGUUCCACCGCACGAGUUUUUGGCGAGGCAGAUGGCCAGGACGAGAAUCGUUUCGUUUUCGGUUCACGAAGGUGUGGGGAGGACUUUGAAAGGAGGCGAUCUAACGAGGGUACGAAAUGCAAUUUGGGAAAAAACUGGGUUCCAAGAUUGAAAAAAAAAAAACCAUCAAAUCCUUCAAAAAAAA